AAUCAUUUUCCCACCACAUUGAAAGUUGGUUACAUAGUGAAUACUUAUGUUCAUUAUUUAGAUAAACUUAUUUGAUAAUAGACGUUUUCUGCAUUGUUUUCAAAUUGUAUUUUGGGUUUAGUGUCUUCUUUUUUUUCAAUAAGGACAUAUUUAGAAAGUGUAGCUGGUAGCCAUAGACUCAGUGGAAGAAGUACUUUUUAAAAAGUGGUUAAACAUAAUCACUUUACCUUAAGACUUUCUUGUACUAGAGCUGUUGUUGCAUUAGUAGAAGAGUUGUUUGAAUAGGGCAAAUUGUUAGAUGCAGUGUUCUGUUUUGAAUGUCCCUCUGAACACCAAUAGGGAAAGGAUAUGUACAGCACUGAUAUUUUAGUAUACCUGUUGAUUGCAUAGGGAAAUACUUAAUAGUGUUUGUAUAAGUGGAAGAAUACAGAAAACUUCUGCAAGAUAAAUACCAGAAAAAAAACAGAUUAAAUUUAUAGUGAUGAUAGUAUCUGUUGCAUUAUGAAAUCUAGUAGUUUGGGUUAAACCAUGUAAUAAUUGGAUAUGCUUAUUUGUUCAGAGAAGAAAUUAGGGAGAAGGGGCUUUAGAAUUCUGCUUUAUUUUGUGAUGCUGUUUAAAAUCGCCAAAGAAUUAGAUACUGUUUCUUUCAUCAAAUACAUAUAUGCCAUACACCUGGCAUCUUCUGGUUACAGGUAAUCCCUUAACUUUUCAAAAUCAGUAUUCUACUUGAAUGUCUGCAUUUCUGCAGGUGUAAGUACAAUUCUGCUUCAUUACAUAGUCUAAGACUUGUAUUUGGAAAAUCAAUUCAACUUAAAAAUAGUUUGAAAUUUUAAAUUAAUUUUUCAGGGAUGUGCUCAUCAUAAAUGAAUAGAUUUUUCUUAAUGAAAUGUUGGUCUAUGGGCCUAAAAUUUCAUGAGUAAAACUGUUGUGUAGUGGAAGACUGCCCCUAUUCAUUUUUGGCAUCUGAUUUACUGAAGAUGAUUUUCAGAAGCUUCUUUAAAAGAUUUUUCAACCUUUCAAAUUUUGCACUUUUAACAACUAGAACAUCAGCUUCAAAGUGAAUAGAUGGGGGAAAUGGCAAUAAGAUAUAAUCAGUGGGAUAGUAAGCUACAUUACUGAGCCACAUGCAAGGCUUAUUGAUGUCUUUGGGAACCUAGGACCUGUUGAUUUUUAUAUUUAACCUUUUUCUGAAGAGGAUACGAUUUUAUGUCCAUAUAUAUAUAUGGACAGUUCUGACCUCAAGGUAAAAUGUGCAGACACAACGACUAGAGAAUGUGUCCAAAGAGUAACAAGAGAAUCUGUAUGAUAGAUACUGAUCUCAUUCAUUCCUUACAUGAAAGCUCACUUUUCCAUUAUAUUUCAAAGAAAAGGUUGUAUAGAUUUGGGUAUGUGUCCUGAGGUAACUUUUUCAUUCAAUGGAAAAAUACCUUUGAGGCGUCUGUAAACUUCAGUAGACUUUACAUAAUCAAAUGCUUGAUCCAACACCCUUGAGAGUAUAUGGUAUUAAUACUGUACACUUCUUUUUGAAUCUUUAGUUUCAUGCGUGUGCUGAAAAGAUAAUUUCCCUAUAUUAAUUGAAGUGUUCACACAAUGUUGGAAAGGCACUUGCUCGGUCAUGUUUUGGAGCAAAGUUUUGAGUUAGUAGGGUUUUUAUAUUUGUUGAUGUAGAGAUGUUAAUGAGUUUCUGUCUAGAAUCCUGGAUACAAUGAACAGUUUAAGAGGCUGUAAUGCUAUUCCAAGAUUAAAUGGGUUUAACAUUGCCACAUACUUGCCAAAUUUUAGAAUGAUAAUAUAUUAUGUAGGUUAAAAAACAAUUUAUCAAGAUUUCUAAUUUAGAAAUGGAAUUAAAACUGUAAGACACCUAUCAAACACAUGGAAAUUGUCAUGCUCACUGAUAAGAGAAGAGUGUCAGCAACAAAGGGUUGGGAUGAUCAGAUAGUAACCUAUGGAUCAAGAAAAAGUGGACAACAUAUAUUACUUUAUUUGGAAUAUAUAAGGACUCAUACUUCACCCCAAAAAUCUAAAUAACUCAGCACUGCUAGGCUAUUUGUGCAAAAACAGAGCAAUUAAAUACAGUGGUAAGUAGUGUGGAAAAAUAAAAUUAGUGGAAUAAUUUUAAAGUCAUUGUCAGUUAACUAUAAGUUGACACUUGGAAACGAAGGAGAGGAGUCUCCUGCUUCUUAACAGAAUUCUACUUUAUAAAGACUACCACUCUCCUUGCGUGCCUACCAGUUAUUUUGGGGAGAAGGUAAUGAAGAUAAGACAGAAGAAAGUGAAAUACAUGAUAAAACUAGAAGCUAUGAAAUGUAUAACGUUUGUAAGAAGAAAAAAACAGUGGAAUGACAAUACAUAUCAAGAUGACACUUCAAGAAUUUUCAGAUUAUGCCUUCUACCACCAAACAUUCUUUUAUUUGUAUCAUUUUCUAUAUAUUAUUUUGUUUGGUCCUCAUUUCUACUAAGGUACACUGGAAAGAUCUUAUUGUGGCCAUUUUAUGAAAAUGGAAACUGAAAACAUAAUGAUACUAAUAAGCCUCCCAGCAAGGUACUUCUGCUCUUUGACGAGUAAAAAUAAUUGAUUUGGAUGGAUAACGUUCAAGUUUAAAGAACUUAAAGCCAGCCCGAAGACAUAGUAAGUAUUUAAAAUGUUAAAGUCCUUGUAAAACGGGAAGAACGAUUAUCUGUAUCAGAACACAGAAUUUUCUCUCCGGCUUCUGACGUGGAGCUUAUUUGGUAACCACGCCUGCAGUUCUGCAGCCGAGGCGCGGGGUGCCGCUGUUGGCUAGUACUGAGCGAAAUACCAGCUCCUCCAGAGGCGAGGGAAUCGCCAGCGGACGGCAGAGUCGGGGAAACUGUGCACUCUCCCCGGCUCUCUGCCGCGGAGAUAUCAGAGAAUCUGCCCGCCAAGACAAAUCAAGGCGUUAUUCCUUUUCAGAGAAUUCUUAGGAUCAUUUAGCGAUCGCAGCUGUUCGGAAUCAGAAAGGCAAAGACGCAGAAAGCGAGAUGGAAAACCGCUUGGGACCUAAGGGCCGGGAUGGGCAGAGACGAAUGCCAUUUCUCUUCUUGCUGCCUUUGUUCUACCCGGCGCUUUCGGAACAGAUCCGCUACACGAUUCCCGAGGAGCUGCCCAGGGGCUCCGUGGUGGGGAACCUCGCCAAGGAUCUGGGGCUUGGCGUGCGCGAUCUGCCUACUCGGAACCUGCGGGUUAGUGCAGAGAAGAAAUUCUUUACAGUGAGCACCGAGAACGGGGACUUACUCGUGAGCGACCGUAUAGAUCGAGAGGAGAUCUGUGGCAAGAAGCCGACCUGUGUUCUGGAAUUUGAGGUGGUCGCUGAAAAGCCGUUCGACUUUUUUCACGUAACUGUGGUGAUUCAGGAUGUCAACGACAACCCACCAGCCUUUAGCCGAAAUAUCACGGAGCUGGAAAUCAGUGAACUGGCCCUAACUGGAGCCACCUUUGCCCUGGAAUCCGCCCAAGAUUUAGAUGUAGGUGUCAAUUCCCUGGGGCAGUACUACCUCAGCCCAGAUCCCCACUUCUCACUGAUCCAGAAGGAGAACCCCGAGGGCAGUAGCUACCCAGAACUGGUAGUGAAGGCUUCCCUGGACAGGGAAGAACAGUCCUUCCAUCACCUGGUCCUCACAGCUGUGGAUGGGGGUGAGCCAGCCAGAAGCUGCACAACCCAGAUCAGGGUGGUAGUGGCAGAUGCAAAUGAUAACCCCCCAAUGUUCACCCAGGACAUGUACAUGGUCAGCGUUCCAGAGAGCCUGCAGGUGGGCUCCUCUGUGCUGAAAGUGAUGGCCACUGACUCAGAUGAGGGUGUUAAUGCUGAGAUCACCUAUACUUUCAUCAACAUUGGUAAGACAGUGAGACAUCUGUUCAAGCUGGACAGUAAAACAGGGGAACUUACCACUGCAGGAGGACUGGACUUUGAAGAGAGGGAGAGCUACACAAUUGGGGUGCAAGCAAAGGACGGUGGCCGUCACACUGCACAUUGUAAAGUACGAAUAAAUAUUUUGGAUGAAAAUGAUAAUGUUCCUCAGAUAACGCUGGAUUCUGAAUCUAAACAUAUACAAGAAGAUGCUGAGCUGGGGACUGUCAUUGCCCUGAUCAAAACACAUGACCCAGAUUCUGGUUUUAAUGGGGAAAUCCUGUGCCAACUACAAGGAAAGUUCCCAUUUAAAAUAGUUCAAGAAACAAAAAACACAUAUAAGUUGGUCACAGAAGGAGCCCUAGAUCGAGAGCAGACUCCAGAAUACAACGUAACCAUCACUGCAACCGACAGGGGCAAGCCUCCCCUCUUCUCUAACAGAACUGUCAACUUGAUCGUCGCAGACGUCAACGACAACGCGCCGAUUUUCCAGCAGGCCUCCUACGCGGUCCACGUGGCAGAGAACAACCCUCCCGGCGCCUCCAUCGCGCAAGUCAGCGCCUCCGACCCCGACCUGGGGCCCAACGGCCACGUGUCCUACUCCAUCGUGGCCAGCGACCUGGAGCCGCGGGCGCUGCGGUCCUACGUGUCGGUGAGCGCGCAGAGCGGCGCGGUGUUCGCGCAGCGCGCCUUCGACCACGAGCAGCUGCGCGCCUUCGAGCUGACGCUGCAGGCCCGCGACCAGGGCUCGCCCGCGCUCGGCGCCAACGUGAGCCUGCGCGUGCUGGUGGGCGACCGCAACGACAACGCGCCGAGGGUGCUGUACCCGGCGCUGGGGCCCGACGGCUCGGCGCUCUUCGACACGGUGCCGCGCGCCGCGCAGCCCGGCUACCUGGUCACCAAGGUGGUGGCGGUGGACGCCGACUCGGGACACAACGCCUGGCUGUCCUACCACGUGCUGCAGGCCAGCGAGCCCGGACUCUUCAGCCUGGGGCUGCGCACGGGCGAGGUGCGCACGGCGCGCGCCUUGGGCGACAGGGACGCGGCCAGACAGCGCCUGCUGGUCGCUGUGCGCGAUGGGGGACAGCCUCCCCUCUCGGCCACCGCCACGCUGCACCUGGUCUUCGCAGACAGCCUCCAAGACGUGCUGCCGGAUCUUAGCGACGGCCCCGCGCCCUCUGACCCCCAGGCUGAGCUGCAGUUUUACCUGGUGGUGGCCUUGGCCUUGAUCUCGGUGCUCUUCCUCCUCGCGGUGAUUUUGGCAGUUGCCCUGAACUUGCGAUGCUCCUCCAGCCACAGUGCUUGGAGUUGCUUUCACACUGGUGUCUGCUCCAAGACUGGACCUGGGAUUCUCCCCAGCUUUAGUGAGGGAACUUUGCCUUAUUCUUACAAUCUAUGUGCUGCCUCACAUUCCUCAAAGACUGAACUUAAAUUUCUCAGCAUAAAGCCUGAAGGUGUUCCACCUGAAGAUCUUCUAUGUAAUGAAGCCUUUUGGUUUGAAAGUACCAGUAAUGGCAAUCCUCCCAGUAAUGGGAAUCUUAAAAUGACUUCCAGUUCAGUCAGUCUGCAACAGGGAAAUCCCAAACGAGCAGUAAUGGUCUCUCUGCAAAAGCGCCGGCACCACAACGUGUUAAUGGGGCUAUUUACGCUCCUGGGAAUGCUCUCGGGGGUCGGGGCCGGGCAGAUCCGUUACUCCAUUCCUGAGGAGCUGGACAAAGGCUCCUUUGUGGGCAACAUCGCCAAAGAUCUGGGGCUGGAGCCCCAGGAGCUGGCGGAGCGCGGAGUGCGCAUCGUCUCCCGAGGUAGGACGCAGCUCUUUGCCCUGAAUUCGCGGAGCGGCAGCUUGGUCACCGCGGGCAGGAUAGACCGGGAGGAGCUCUGCACUCAGAGCGCGCCGUGCCUGGUGAGUUUUAACAUCCUCGUUGAGGAUAAAUUAAAUCUUUAUCCUGUGGAAGUGGAAAUAGUGGACAUAAAUGACAAUACACCCCAGUUCGUAAGGGAAGAAUUUGAAGUGAAAAUUCUUGAAAAUGCAGCCCCAUUCUCUCGUUUUCCACUAAUGGAUGUCUAUGACCCGGAUGUGGGAAUGAACUCUCUUCAGGGCUUCAAGCUCAGCGGAAAUAGUCACUUCUCAGUGGACAUACCGAGCGAAACAAAUGGACCCAAAUAUCCAGAGCUGGUGCUGGAGCACAGCUUGGACAGGGAGAGAGAGACCAUUCACCACCUGGUCCUUACUGCCAUGGAUGGCGGUGACCCUGUCCGCUCAGGCACAGCACGAAUUCUGGUAAAUGUCUUAGACGUGAAUGACAAUGCUCCAGUGUUCACUCAAUCUGUCUACCAUGUGAGUGUUCCCGAGGAUCUGCCAGUAGGUACCCCAGUGUUGUCAGUAAAUGCCACCGACCAGGAUGAAGGAGUCCAUGCGGAAGUAAUGUAUUCCUUCGUGAGGAUAACAGAGAAGAUUUCAAAGAUUUUUUGCUUGAAUGUUUUGACUGGAGAAAUAUCAACCUCUGCAAAUCUAGACUAUGAGGACUUGAGCUUUUAUGAGCUGGAUGUUGAAGCCCAGGAUCGGCCAGGUCUACGUGACAGAGCGAAAGUCUUAAUAACUAUAUUGGAUGUGAAUGAUAAUGUACCAGAAGUUGUAGUUACAUCCGGAAGCAGAUCAGUUGCUGAAAGUACGCCUCCAGGAACAGUAAUUGCUCUUUUUCAAGUGUAUGAUAGAGACUCCGGGCUGAAUGGCCUGGUAACAUGCUCCAUCUCGAAAAAUCUGCCAUUUGAUCUGGAAAAAUCAGUAGACAAUUAUUAUCGAUUAGUGACCAAUACAGUCCUAGAUCGAGAACAGGUAUCCUUGUACAACAUCACCGUGACAGCUACGGACAAAGGAAUUCCACCUCUGUCUACAAAAACGCUCAUCUACCUAAAUGUGGCAGACACCAACGACAACCCACCUACCUUUUCCCAAUCCUCCUACUCCAUCUACGUCCCUGAGAACAACCCCAGAGGUGCCUCCAUCUUCUCUGUGACUGCACACGACCCCGACAGCCAUGAGAACGCCCAUGUCACUUACUCCCUGUCUGAGGACUCUCUCCAGGGGGCCUCUGUAUCCUCAUAUGUUUCAAUCAACUCCGACACCGGCGUCCUGUAUGCAUUGCACGCCUUCGACUUUGAGCAGUUUCGGGAUCUGCAACUGAGAGUGACUGCACUUGACAGUGGGGACCCACCGCUCAGCAGCAACGUGUCCCUGAGCCUGUUUGUGCUGGACCAGAACGACAACGCCCCAGAGAUCCUGUACCCCGCCCUCCCCACCGACGGGUCCACAGGCGUGGAGCUGGCACCCCGCUCCGCAGAGCCCGGCUACCUGGUGACCAAGGUGGUGGCGGUGGACAGAGACUCAGGCCAGAACGCCUGGCUGUCCUACCGCCUGCUCAAGGCCAGCGAGCCAGGGCUCUUCGCGGUGGGGCUGCACACGGGCGAGGUGCGCACAGCGCGGGCCCUGCUGGACAGAGACGCGCUCAAGCAGAGCCUGGUGGUGGCGGUCCAGGACCACGGCCAGCCCCCUCUCUCGGCCACCGUCACGCUCACGGUGGCCGUGGCCGACAGCAUCCCAGACGUCCUGGCCGACCUGGACAGCAUGAAGGCCCCGGCCGACCCGGACGCCUCUGGCCUCACGCUGUACCUGGUGGUGGCGGUGGCCGCGGUGUCCUGCGUCUUCCUCGCCUUUGUCAUCGUGCUGCUGGCCCUCAGGCUGAGGCGCUGGCACGCGUCGCGUCUGCUGCCGGCCGUGGGCGGCGGUCUGGUGGGCGUGGGGGCCUCGCCCUUUGUGGGCGUGGACGGGGUGCGGGCUUUCCUGCAGACCUAUUCCCACGAGGUGUCCCUCACUGCGGACUCGCGGGAGAGUCACGUGAUCUUCCCCCAGCCCAACUAUGCGGACACGCUCAUCAGCCAGGAGAGCUGUGGGAAAAGCGAGCCUCUCUUGGCAGCUGAAGAUUCCGGAUUUUGUAAAGUGGAAGAAUCCCUUGGGCAGCAAGCUCCGCCCAACACAGACUGGCGUUUCUCUCAGGCCCAGAGACCCGGCACCAGCGGCUCCCAAAAUGGCGAUGAAACUGGCACCUGGCCCAACAACCAGUUCGACACGGAGAUGCUGCAAGCCAUGAUCUUGGCCUCCGCCAGCGAAGCCGCUGAUGGGAGCUCCACCCUGGGAGGGGGCGCUGGCACCAUGGGCCUGAGUGCCCGCUACGGUCCCCAGUUCACCCUGCAGCACGUGCCCGACUACCGCCAGAACGUCUACAUUCCCGGCAGCAAUGCCACACUGACCAAUGCGGCUGGCAAGCGAGAUGGCAAGGCCCCAGCAGGUGGCAACGGCAACAAGAAGAAGUCGGGCAAGAAGGAGAAGAAGUAACGCGGAGGCUGGGCCAGGAGCCACAGGGCAGCCUCCCUUCCCAAACCCCCUACCUGUACCCAGGCCUCGAAUUUUCAGGGCUUACCCCCAGGAUACUGGUAGGGGCCCAGGCCAUGCUCCCCUUGGGAAACAGAAACAAGUGCCCAGUCAACACCCCCCUCUCUGCUCCCAGGGGAUUGAAUAUGCAAAGGGAGUUCUGCUGGGAACCCCUAGCCAAUCAAUUGCUGUGCCCAUGGGGGUGGUGGGGUUAGUGUAGACACCAUUUAUCACACCCACUUUAGUUACAGCUGAACUCCAUCUUCCAGAUUUAAUCAGGCCCAUCCAUUCCUGCCUCCCUCCCACCCACCCCUCCCCACAGCAUUAACAGCUCCUCUUUCUUGAGUAAGUUGGUUGGGGUGUUGAGGUACCUGGCGACCUAAGGAGCCUUCUAGUUCUGAAGAGUGGGAAGGGCAUGGUGGCCCCUUGGCCUCUCCUUCAGUCCUCACACUGCCCCCCAAGCAUGGGUCAUGGGUUGGUGCCAGUCCCCCCGCCUCCUUCCAGAGCCGGAGACCAAGCUCCUGUUUUGGGAGGCGUGGUACUGGUGCUUGCUGGAUUUAGGGAAGGCAUUCGCUACCUGCCUCUUCCCAACGCCCUGGGGACCAGUGUUUUGUUUUGUUUUGUUUUGCUUUUCAUUGUUUGAUGUUCCCACUGCAUGCUGUGACUUCCCCCUGCCCAAACAAGAGACUCCAUUGCAUGUUCCAAGACAGUAUGGGGUGGUAAGAUAAAGAAGGGAAGGGUGUGUAUGUGGAUGGGGGGAUGAACAAAGCUUGACAUCUCACUUAACAGGGUCUUGCAAAAGGCUCUGCAUCCCCCCAGGGUACUGACCAGAUCCUCCAAUUCCAGCCAUAAGCCAAGCACCCUGCUGGACCCUCAUCCACUCUCAUCCACAGGGCUCAGCCUGGGGCUGAGCUACCAGCACCAGUGGGUUUACACUGGCAUUACAGUCCAAGGAAGCUCUGAGCAGGCUUGGGACCGGGUGCCCUGGAGAGGUCAGAAGGGCCUCUGCGGGUGCUGGGUGCUCCAGAGGUGCCACUGAGGAAAAGAUCAAUGUGGCCCCAGAGGAAGGAGGGCAAACUAGGCCAUUCUUGGGCCCCGGGUUGGGGAGGCAAGUAGCUAGAGCGGGGACCAGGUGGACAGAGUCUCAGCAGGGGGUCAGGGCUCCUGCAGGCCCCGAGCCUUGGUCCUCCCCCUUGCCAGGUGCCAUUUCUUCUCUGUGGAGGGCACUGCCCCUGCCCCCAGUCUGCCCCCUAGUGUCCAGAGCCUGGUUAAAGUCCCCCAGUGCCUCCUUGUGCAUAGACCUUCUGCCCCUCGGGUCCCGAUUCAUCUCGCGGGGCUGGCGAGAACCCCACCCCAGUCCUCACAGUAGCGUAGAGCCCCCCCUUUCGGCUGGUGUAGAAUAGCCAAUAGUGUAGUGCGGUGUGCUUCUCCGUGACGGCGAGUGGGCAGCGGGCGGCGGGCUCCGUGCAGCCGCCUGUCCUUGAACCUGCCUGCGGCGGCCCGUGCUGUGUUUCGUGCUGUGUCCACGCGCUGCGGCGACCCCCCCCCCCGGUACUGACUCCGAUAAGCGCUCCUCUUCGCUUAGUCAUGUAGCUCCCCACCCCACCCCCUUCCUGUGUCUCACGCAAGUUUUAUACUCUAAUAUUUAUAUGGCUUUUUUUCUUUGAAAAAAUAAUAAAAAGUUUUCUUCUGAAAGGCUGAG